AUGGAGAGUGAUGUUCUGAGGAAGGUAUGGUGGGUGACUACUCUGAAGCUCUCCGAAGAUGUGAAUGAGACUGAAAUAAUUCAACUGAUGUCCGUCAAUGGAAGGAAGAUGUUGUGCCUUGCUGGGUCUGGCUUAUUUGUGACGAGAGCCCUGCACCAAGGAUACAAGACUCUGUUAAAAUGUCUAUCCGGAAAGUUCUGCAGUCGAGAGCUAAUUGGGAUUAUGGGUCCUUCAGGCGCUGGAAAGUCAACCUUCAUGAACAUUCUGGCAGGAUAUCGGAAAACCGGAAUGAAAGGCCAGAUCCUGGUGAAUGGGCAGCCUCGGGAUCUGCGAACUUUCAGGAAGAUGUCCUGUUACAUCAUGCAAGAUGACAUGCUUCUCCCACACCUCACUGUACUGGAAGCCAUGAUGGUAUCGGUCCACCUCAAGCUGAAGGAGAGAUUAGAAGUUAAAAAGGAGCUGGUAACUGAAAUCCUGACAGCACUGGGUCUCCUCGACUGCUCGGACACGCGGACUCUCUCUCUGUCUGGUGGACAGCGCAAGCGAUUGGCCAUUGCCCUGGAGCUUGUCAACAAUCCCCCCAUCAUGUUCUUUGACGAGCCGACCAGUGGGUUAGAUAGCGCUUCCUGUUUCCAGGUGGUAUCGCUGAUGAAGUCACUUGCUCAAGGUGGGAGGACCAUCAUCUGCACCAUCCAUCAACCCAGCGCUAAACUCUUCGAGAUGUUUGAUAAGUUGUUCAUUGUGAGUCAAGGGCAGUGCAUCUACAAAGGAAUAGUCCCCAGCCUCAUUCCAUACCUUAAAGGACUGGGCUUGCAUUGUCCAACCUAUCACAACCCUGCUGACUUCAUUAUUGAAGUUGCCUCGGGUGAAUACGGAGAUUUGAACCCUCUGCUGUUCAAGGCUGUUCAAGAUGGAAUGUGCACCAUGGCAGAAAAGAAGAACCCAUCCAAAGGGGGCGAUCCUUCAAGCUGGAAAUCCCAGAGCUUGACGGACGCAGGUCCCAUUGAGAGCUGCACUUUUGCAAUAAGCUCCUUUGUUCAGUUUUAUAUCCUCUUCAGAAGGACCUUCAUUUCCAUACUGCGAGACAUGGUUUUGACCCAUUUACGAUUCAUGUCUCACAUCUGCAUUGGAGUCCUCAUUGGUUUGCUGUACCUGAACAUUGGUGACGAAGCAGAGAAAGUAUUCAACAACACAGGAUGCCUCUUCUUCUCCAUGCUCUUCCUCAUGUUUGCAGCUCUGAUGCCGACUGUCUUGACCUUUCCACUGGAGAUGUCUGUUUUUCUGAGAGAACACCUCAACUACUGGUACAGCCUGAAGGCUUACUACUUGGCUAAAACUAUGGCGGAUGUUCCUUUUCAAGUAAUCUGUCCGAUUGUAUACUGCAGUAUUGUCUACUGGAUGACAUCCCAGCCUCCCGAGGCUUCACGCUUCCUCUUGUUUGCCAGUCUGGCCACAGCAACUGCAUUGGUGGCACAGUCACUUGGACUCCUGAUUGGAGCUGCAUCCACAUCUUUACAGGUUGCUACCUUUGUGGGUCCAGUCACUGCCAUUCCUGUGCUUCUAUUCUCGGGAUUUUUUGUUAGUUUUGACACCAUCCCCACCUACCUACAAUGGAGCUCCUACGUCUCUUAUGUAAGGUAUGGCUUUGAAGGUGUCAUCUUGUCAAUAUAUGGACUGGACAGAAAAAAUCUGACCUGCAAUACUGGGUUUUGCCCUUUUAAGGAACCAAAGAAAGUUCUGCAAGUGAUGGAUGUGCAGGACUCAAAACUUUACAUGGAUUUCAUCGUCCUUGGUAUUUUCUUCAUUAUCUUGCGUUUCUUGGCUUACCUUGUUCUUCGAUAUAAAGUCAAGUCCGAGAGAUAGAGAGAGAGCGCACUGCAGGUGAAUAUUCUGCAGCAUUCAGAAUAUUGUCUAUGAGCUGGAUUCAUUCUGCCGAACUUAUGUUUUGGAUGUGGCUGUAUUGAGCCCCUCAGCCAUGAAAUGGGCAUCAAAGCCAGAGUGAUUAUUACAAGACUGAAUCUCCAAAUGUCACGAUGGCUUGUGAUGGGCCUUUUGGUUUUAAAGAUCUUGUUUUUGCUGCUGCAGUUACUUUAUUGAAACUUGAUUAAUUCUUCCCCAUCCAGAGAACAAUUUAUCAAAAAAAAUACAACUUUUUGGAAGUUGUAAAUGAAAUAAUUCUGCAUGGGCUUUCUGCACACUGACAAUGCCGGGAUAUUACAUCCAAAAAGUUACAUGUGUUUCAAGAAAUCCUGUUUGUCAACUAUAGUUAUAUGUUCCUCUAAAGUAUAUGUUUUUUUAAAAUAAAUUUUGAUUUUCAA